AUGGCUGCAGAACUACCUGUGCCGAUCUACACCGAACUGAACAAGGUCUUCGAGGACCUGGGUACGACGGCUAAUCACGCUGUACGGUGGAAUGCACUCGCCGAGGACUUUCAGAAGCGUUUUGGCAAGAAACCUGCGUACAUUGUGCGCGCGCCUGGUCGUGUCAAUCUGAUUGGAGAGCACAUUGACUACGCGCUCUUUGGCUGCCUCCCCGCUGCCGUCGAACGCGACAUCUUGAUUGCCUGCGCCCCUCGGACUGGCUCUGUAGGCGAAGUAAACGCCCAGAACGGCGCACCCAAGUACACCCCCGCCACAUUCGCUCCCUCGCGCUCCGGCGAAAAGUGGCAUCUGGAGAUUGACCAGAAGGCUCUGAGAUGGGAGAGCUAUGUCAAAGCGGGCUACUACGGAGUGUUGAACAACUUCUUCGCGUCCUCGACCACCGAGCCUGUACCGGUCGAUCUGCUCGUCACUGGCACAGUUCCAGCCGGUUCUGGACUAUCAUCAUCCGCCGCGAUGGUAGUCUCAUCCACGCUUGCUUUCCUAGCAACUAACAACCUACUGGAAGGAUUGACGAAGAGCAGGCUUGUGACGAUGGCCGUGGAAAACGAGCGCAGAGUAGGGGUGAACAGUGGCGGACUCGACCAGUCCGCUUCUGUUAUCGGUACUAGCGCAUCGGCCAUCUACGUUUCCUUUUUCCCGGCUCUAAAUGCGAUUCCCGUGCGUCUACCUGGAUCUGGUUUUGGCGAGGGAGAGGGCAAGCGCGCGACGUUCGUCAUCGCCAACUCCCUUGUAACGUCGGAGAAAGCCGCAACCGCGCGGACACGAUACAACCUACGUGUGGUGGAGACAUUCGUCGGCGCACGGGUGUUGUGCGAGAAGCUUGGGUUGAAACUGAAGAGUGCCAAGGAGAGGCCGACGCUGAGGGAGGUCGUGGGAAGACUGGGCGGUGAGCCCGAGGCGGGGUGGGUCCCCGGUGACGACGAUGAUAAGCUGCGUGCAGCGCUCAAGCUCGCUAUCGAGAAGGCAGAGGUGCUCAAACCAGCAAACGCCGGCGAGCAACUCGGCGUGACCAAGGAGACGAUGGUCGAGUGGACUGGCCUGUCUGCUGAAGAUUUCCAUGAGAUCUUCCUCAGCUGGAUUGAUGUCGAAGCGACGUACUUCCAGCUCUACAAGCGCGCUGUACACGUCUUCUCCGAAGCCCUUCGCGUCCUCGAGUUCCGCGACGUUUGCGCCCGUUCCUCUUCCGACGUUCACGGCACAUCCUCCACUGUCCUUCAAGAGCUCGGGUCCCUCAUGAACGCGUCAAUGGAGAGCUGCAGCAAGCUCUACGAAUGCGCUUGCCCGGAGCUGGAUCAGUUAUGCAAGAUCGCGAUCGAUGCGGGCGCGUAUGGAUCGAGGUUGACGGGCGCUGGCUGGGGAGGGUGCACGGUGUCGCUUGUGGAUGAGCAGAAUGUCGAAUCCUUCAUCAAGGCACUCAAGGAGCAUUAUCCGGCGUAUAAGGAUCUGGAGGGCGAGGCGCUGUCGGAGGUUGUGUUUGCUACGAAGCCCAGUGCGGGUGCUUGUGUGUUCAAGUUCGGAGACUAG